GGGAACACCCUGGCUGUAGAUAUCUGCCUUCAGACGGUGCCGAGGCGCACCCACCGACACACUCACGUACGGUCCCCUGAUCCCGGGACGCACUCUCCCAGCCUGUUGUGCUUCCUUGCCGGCUCCCCGCCGCUGUCUGCAGCUACCAGGCUUCCUGAGAGUGGACACCUCUUGUCAGCCCCAAGAAACAGAAGUUCAGAGGAGGAAACACUGGAGGGACAAAGUUCAGACCAUGCCAGCGACCCAAUCUUUAGCAGAACAUUACAGAAAGCUUUUGGCAGCAUGAUGUAGUUCUUUCUGACCUCCUCCAUGCAACAUCUUUGCUUGGCUGAUUUCAUCGCCGAGUGUAGACUGAAGGACCGAUGGAGCAGGUCGGGGAGGAUCUGAACCUCUCCUAUCUGCUGGAACAUGAAAGAGACAUGAUCCUGAAGGUGCUGCAGAAAGAUGAGAAAUUGAGGAAACGAGAGGAGAAGAGGAUACGGAAGCUGAAGAAUGAGCUGCUGGAGAUCAAACGAAAAGGUUCCCGUCGGCAACAGGAGCUCGGGGAGCGACAGUGUGCACGCUGUCUCAAGAGUUUGGGCCUCAUCUUCGACCGCGGGGAUCUCUGCGAGGAGUGUCAGCUACGGGUCUGCAACGACUGCCGUGUUACAACUCCCAAAGCACGGCAGUGGAGGUGUAACGUUUGUGCCAAGAUCUCGGAACUGAAGGUGGUAACAGGAGAAUGGUUCCUGGAGGAGCGGUCCAAGCGCUUUGAGCAGGGAGUGCCGAGCGGUGAUGUGAUCAAACAGACAAUCAUGAGUAGCCCGAUCAUCACGGACAAAAAGUCUACAGAAAACUUGACAGCCACCUCUGAGUCAGAGAGACCCGAUACCCCAAAAUCCAACAAAAGUGCAAUACUCAACAUUGUGGAUGGUGCCAGGAGGAAAGGAAGGAUGAAGAUGAAGAUGGAUAAAAAAGGCAACCGAAAAGCCUUGAAGCCGGAGAACGGAGUCGACAGCGUCAAAACUGUUUCGGACGGAGACGCUAAAAGCGUGCGAAGUGUUUGCUCUGCUCCGACUCCACGUUCAAACAGGGGCGGUGCGGUGGCCUUGGAGUCCUCGGGGAAGCCAACGGUACUCAACAACCUGCGUUCCCAGACUCCAGACAGAUCCUCCACUCCCAGCGACAACCGGAGGGUCAGGCCUGACGGAGCAGAGAGCGUUGCCAGUGUACACUCCGGUGACAGUGCGCCUGAGGAAAAAGCUACUGGCCAACACAGGAAGAAUUCGGGGACCCCGACCAUUUCUGUGUCCAGGGCUUCAGUUUCAUCAGAUCACAGUCGCUCAGAGAUGGACCUGUCAGCUCCGGGUUCUGAACCCAGUGAGGACGCCUUCAGUCUCAGGAGCCGCUCGGUCCCCGGGCUAAACGAAGCAGAGUUUUCUGAUGAGGAUGCAGAGGAAGACAUAGAUGCCCUGAUGUCGGCUCACAGCAAGACUGCCAGCCGACGCUUCAGCAACGCACUGUCAACGUCUUCCACUCCUGGCUCAGAGAGAAGGUGGGGGUACCUCAAUGUCCCUGACUCCGAUGCUGAGACUAGUAGUAUCAACAGCAUGAUGAGCAUGUAUAGUGAGACUGGUGACUAUGGCAACGCCCGGGUGAGCGGCGAGAUCCUGCUGAACAUCAGCUACAGCUACAAAACUGGUGCUCUCAACGUCCUGGUGAAAGAGUGUCACAACCUGGCAACAGGAGAUGAGAGGAGGCAACGCACGGACACAUAUGUGAAGACGUACCUGCUGCCAGAUAUGUCACGACAGAGCAAGAGGAAGACGAGCAUAAAGGCCAACACCAUUAACCCUGUUUUCAAUGAGAAUCUGAGGUAUGUGAUCAGCCACUCACAGCUGGAGACUCGGACCCUGCAGGUCUCCGUGUGGCACCACGACCGCUUUGGACACAACAGCUUCCUGGGAGAGGUGGAGCUGACCUUUGACUCCUGGGAGUUUGAUUCGCAGAUGGAGGAUUGGUACGCUCUGCAGCCCAAGGCGGAGAGCAAUAUAGACUCCACCAUGCAGUAUAAAGGAGAACUGACUGUCGUGUUAAAGUACAUACCUGGAGAGAAGAACCUCAUGCUGCCGCUGGACCAAGUACAAGUGAAGAAAGGGUUCCUGAAAAGCAAGAAGACGAGCAGCUUCACUCUGCCUAAAGGGGGCAUGGUUGAGCUGCUGGUCAAAGGAGCCAAAAAUCUGACUGCAGUCAAGUCUGGAGGCACUUCAGAUCCUUUUGUGAAAGGAUACCUUCUACCCGACACCAAUAAGUCAACCAAGCACAAGACGGUGGUGGAGCGGCGCUCUGUGAACCCGCAAUGGAACCACACCUUCACCUACUGCGGGCUGCAGCCGGGAGACCUCAACAACGUCUGCCUGGAGCUCACCGUGUGGGACAAAGAAGCCCUGGCCAGCAAUGUCUUCCUGGGAGGACUCAGGCUCGGAGCUGGCACAGGCAAAAGCUACGGGAACGAGGUAGACUGGAUGGACUCAUACGGGGAGGAACAGCGGCUGUGGCAACGCAUGAUUGAAAACCCAGAAGUCCCUCAUGAGUGUACUCUGAUGCUGCGAUCCAGCAUGCGAAGGUGCAACACAUGAAGCGGAUCGAAGCGCAGAGAAGGAUAAAAGAGAAUAAAAGAGGGAGGAAGAGGUGAUGUGUAGCGGUUAAGAGAAAACAAAGGGUCCAGGACUCAAAGGAACAGAGACCAUCCCUCUCCCUACUUCUUUCCUCCUGAGAUGCCCUGUUCAGCCAGUCAUGCCUUACACACUCAUCCCCAUGUACCACCCUGCCCUCCAAAGCAUCUAGUAUUGACCAAGCACUGCUGUUUACUGCUGUAUAUAAAAAAAAUAUAUGUAUGUAUGUAACUUACUGUUCCUAGCCGAAUAAGCACACGGUGUGACUGAUGUGUCCCUGAUGUGUCCGUCCUCGUCUCUGCGAUUCAUGAACCUGAGUCAUAUCUGCAUGUAUUUACAGCUGACGUUAGACGAGGCACCGAUCAAUAAUGUAGAGACUUAGACAUUCCCUUUAUACGCAACCGAGCUGCAUCCUGGUCUGAAGCACAUGUUGAUGCUGAGAUUCAUCCCCUUAUUGACAGUUGUGUACAGAGGUGGAAAGUGACUAGUUCUUGUACUACCGAAUUAUUCUAGAAGUGGACUUUAUUAUUACUGAGUUAAAAUGACAAAAAUAGCACUUCUGAAGACUUCUCAAUCUCCGUUAACCUCGCUGCUCUCCAAAGUAUUGACCCUCUUUUGUUUAAACGCUUUCGUUUUGAUCGCUGAGGGAAAAUAUUAUCACAGAAAAAGAACACUGCCAGAGGCUACUCUUUUAUUAUGCGUGAGGUGAAAGUAUAACUACUAAUUUUAUAAUAUACAAAAGAAAUAAAAAGUAGGAUUGCAACUUACUGUGUGGAUAACUUGAUUAAUCAUUUUUAAAAUGCCAGAAGAAAAGGCUUUCAAUGUUGCUGGAGCUGUAGGCAACUUCAAACUCCAAAAGCCUGUAUUGUCUGACCGUCUAAAACACAAAUACACUCAAUUUACAAUGAAACAAAACAAUAAAUCCUCACAUUUUAUAAUUGGGAACCAUCAAAGGUGGAGCAUUUUUAACCACGCUAGCAACUUUAUGGAUGGCACUGUCUGACGUUUGGUCGGUUCACCACAUUGUCAUGACAUUUGCUAUAAACCUUCAUGGUUCCAAGAGGAUGAAUCCCGAUGACUUUGGUGAUCCAUUUAUUUUUCAUCUAGUGCCACUAGUCGCUAGUAAAGUUUUCAUUUAUUCAAGGAAGUAUCUCAACAUCUAGAUGGAUUGGCACAAACUUUUGUACAGGCAUACAUGGUCUCCAGUCAAUGUAUCCUGACUCUAAGAUGGUGAACAUGGUAAACAUGAUACCUACAAAACAUCAGCAUGUUAGCAUUGUUUUAUGUGGGCAUGUUGGCAUGCUGAUGUUAGCAAGAAGCUCAAAGCUCUGCUGAAUGUUAUGUGUUUCCUCACAGAGCUGCUAGCAUGGCUGUAGACUCUUAGUCUUGCUGCUUGAUGACUGAAUUGAAUGCAGAAUUAUUUUCUAGUGAUCAAUUAAUCCGUCUUGAAGAAUGUACUUGCAGUAACAAGAGUACUUAUAAUUAGUUACUUUACACCUCUGGUUGUCAGGGGGAAAAAAACCCUAGACAGAUUACACAAUUUAGAUUAGCUUCGAUGUAAAAUAACAUGACACUGUAUCAGUGUGAUAAUAGAAACUGCAUGGUGUUAGAUAAAACAGAGGUAGAAGAACAAAAGAAGGUUAUGUAAAGCACUGAUAAUUAUCAUCAUGUUAGAGAAAGUGUGAUUUAAAGAGCACGAGCCCUGAGACAGAGGCUGCGUUUUAUAGAGUGAGUCAGCACUGAGGCGAGCUGUCUUCAUCUCAGGGGGAACCUAAUAAUGAGUCAGUGACAGUCACCUUGUCCCUAUCGCCCGGGGCCCCUCCAUUCACCCUCCUGUGAUGAAUCACCAAAUUCACAAAAACAAUUCUCAAGUUAAACCCUGUGCAAUCAUUUCUCAUGUGGAAUGCCAAUGUUGUCGCGCUUGUCCUUGGCAAACCCUUUGCUCUGAACUCCCAGAGCACAACAGUUUCACUCUGCACAAUUAUAGUAAUAAUACAUAGUGUUCACUGUACAACAUACUUUAGAUGAGAGGCUCGUGCAAUACCUGAUUACUGAAGAAACUCUUGAUGUACAGCAUGUCCUGUCUCUGUUGUGUCUGGUUUCCAAGCAUCAAACUCAUUGUAUUCAAACCUAUUUUGUCCCAAAUGUGUCACAGGAAUAUUUUGAAAUAAACACAUCUU